CCUGGCGCUCAGCUGGGGCUGCUGCACGGCGGGGAGGCGGGAUCAGCCGGGGCGAGAGGCGCGCGCGGAGCGAGGAGCCCGGAGAGCCGGAGGGGCGCGCGGAGCGAGCGGGGGAGCGCACGGUGGUCGCGGGCCGCCGCGAUGUCCGCGCAGUGUUGUGCCGGCCAGUUGGCCUGCUGCUGUGGGACUGCCGGCUGCUCCCUCUGCUGCGGUUGCUGCCCCAAGGUCCGACAGUCGAGGACUACCCGAUUCAUGUAUGCGCUCUACUUCAUCUUGGUGGUCUUCCUCUGUUGCAUGAUGAUGUCACCCACUGUGGCCAAGCAGGUGAAGGAGCACAUUCCUUUCUUUGAAGAUUUUUGUAAAGGCAUCAAAGCUGGUGACACUUGUGAGAAGCUGGUGGGGUACUCUGCUGUGUAUAGAGUUUGUUUUGGAAUGGCUUGUUUCUUCUUUGUCUUCUGCCUAAUCACCCUGAAUAUCAAUACAAGCAAAGGCUGCAGAGCCCAUAUUCACAAUGGCUUUUGGUUCUUUAAGCUUCUGCUGCUGGGGGCCAUGUGCUCAGGUGCAUUCUUCAUUCCAGAUCAGGAGACCUUUCUGAAUGCUUGGCGCUAUGUGGGAGCCGUCGGAGGCUUCAUCUUCAUAGGGAUCCAGCUCCUCCUCAUUGUGGAGUUUGCACAUAAAUGGAACAAGAACUGGACUGCAGGCACUGCCACAAACAAGCUGUGGUAUGCCUCCCUGUCCCUGGUGACACUCAUCAUGUACUCUGUUGCCACUGGAGGCUUGAUUUUGAUGGCAGUAUUUUACACCAAGAAAGAUGGUUGCAUGGACAACAAAAUUCUCCUGGGAGUGCAUGGAGGCCUGUGCUUACUUGUUACAGUGGUCGCCAUCUCACCCUGUGUCCAGAAUCGGCAGCCCCACUCUGGGCUGUUGCAGUCCGGGCUCAUCAGCUGCUAUGUUACGUACCUCACCUUCUCAGCUCUGUCCAGCAAACCCGCAGAAAUAGUUCUAGAUGAACAUGGGAAGAAUGCUACCAUCUGUGUGCCUGACUUUGGUCAAGACUUGUAUAGAGAUAAAAACUUGGUGACCGGGCUAGGCACUUUCCUGCUGAUCGCAUGCAUCUUGUAUUCUUGCUUGACGUCAACAACACGAUCAAGCUCUGAUGCUCUGCAGGGCCGAUAUGCAGCUCCCGAACUGGAAGUAGCUCGGUGUUGUUUUUGCUUCGGUCCCUAUGGAGAAGAAACUGAAGAGCAGCAGAAUGUGAAAGAGGGACCUCGGGUCAUUUAUGAUGAGAAGAAAGGCACUGUCUACAGCUAUGCCUAUUUCCACUUCGUGUUCUUGUUGGCUUCCCUCUAUGUAAUGAUGACCGUUACCAACUGGUUCCACUAUGAAAGUGCCAGCAUUGAGACCUUCUUCAGUGGGAGCUGGUCCAUCUUCUGGGUCAAGAUGGCCUCCUGCUGGAUGUGUGUUCUGCUGUACCUGUGGACACUGGUGGCUCCCCUCUGCUGUCCUUCACGCCAGUUCUCUGUGUGAGGACAUCAGCAGGCCUGUGGUUCAGUGGGCUUGCACUCUACAGCCCUGUCCUGUGACCAAAUGUAACUAGGGUUUGAGCACCAGCUGGUGCCCGAUGAGAAGCUGAAAUUCCCUGGCUGUCUAAAGUGGGUCUGAAAAGGUUUCAGGAAACAAACAACAGAAAAAGAAAUGUCUCUGGAUUCACUUUUUUUCAAACAAGAGAUUCAUUAAUUUGAUUAAUUUUUCUGGCAUUCAAAAUGAAACGACCUAAAGAACUUGAAAAUUUCAAAUUUAUGGGUAGUAUAUGCAUUCUUAUGUCUUUUCCCUAGUUAUUAGGCAGUAGUUGUACUAGUAUUUUCCAUGGAUAUGUUUUAUACCAAACAGAGCUUAGAACACAACAUGUCUUCCUAGGGAUAAAAAUUACUGUAUUACUUUUACCCUUAUUAUUAAAAUAUAUGCAUCCCCUGAGAGAAUCCAGGCCCCCUUGCCCCUUUAUUCUAUUCUGCCUCCUGGAGCCUGGUCUCCAGAGGACCCCAGCCCACAGCUUCCUGGUAUUUAUAGGGUACAAGAGGAAGCACCUGCCUUCAAAUCCACCCUCAGUGCCACUUCCUGUGUGUGUAUCCCUCCCCCACCCCCACCAGCAUUUCUGUUUACGGUUGUGAUGCUGGGAAUCACAGCCUUACUCCUUGCUUCAUUGGACCCAGAAGUCCCCUCAUCCUUUUGGGUUUCAGCAUUUUUUGAAAUAAUGCGAAAAGCACAAUUUACCAUCAACUCUCUUGGGGUUCUCACCAUAUCAUCACUACAUGAUCACCAUUACUGCAAUAAGCAAAGUGCUUAUUCAUGCUGUUGUUCCCACUUGUGGAACAAUACUCAUGGUAUCUUUGCCUCAGCAGUGGAGGGCUAUCUUCUUGCUUGUUUGUGCUAUUAAUAACACUUGAAGGACCUUAAGAAAAAGAAGUUACUCCUUGGCAGAAGCCUGCUACCUUCUUUUCAGGUGUUAAGGUCAGCCUCUCAUUUUCUCUUCCACCUCAAGGCCUUGGUUGGAAUUGAAUGAGCAGAAUACCUUGCAAUAUUAGCAUUGAUGUCCUCAUGCUUUCCUUGGAGUAGAUGAGUGGAGAGGCGUAUCCCGGGGCUGCUCCUCAAUAGGACUGGUCAGAUACACUGUCAGUCAGGCUGUGGACAUGACCACGCAUACUUAGAAGAAAAGGUAGCUGAUCAAAGGCAUUUAAUUAAGCCAUACACAUCUACAGACAAGAUAUGUAUCUUUAGUAUUGAUGCUUUCAGUGAGGCAGGAGAUUUGUUCUAUGGGAAGUUGAUUGGAGACAUUUAUGUUACUGUUACGUAUAGGGUGGAAACAUUCUUUCUGAGCGAUGAGGCAGGCUCAGAUAUUUUUCCUGUGUUCUUCUGUACACAUUGGGCAGAAUGGGGCCACACCUAAGCCUAGCUUCUAUGUGCCAAAAAAUGCUGGUGAGGAAAAUUAGUUAAAUUCUUCCCUCCUACUUCUUUGCUCUCCUUGCCAAGAAUACCAAAGGUGAGAGGGAAUGAAAUUGGGGGAAAUUCCUUUGGGAAUUUGCCUUAUUUGCCAGUAUUUGAGAUUCACUCUGUAAAAAGGUGUGUAUGAUUACAUGUGCACAUAAGAAAGCUUUGUUUGUCCACUUUACCGAAGUUCUUUUUAUAGACCAGAAGUUCAAAGGAAAAUUGUGUACUCAACAGUUCAAAGGAGUAGCCUCCUGCCAACCCUGAGAAGCCCUGGUGAAAGCAGCGGGCGGGGAGUGAGUUCCUCAAGAUUCAGAACAUGGGGGCUCUGUGUGCUACCCUCUG